UGGUUUAAGGCACCAUUCGCUCACUAGCGCUUCGUUCCAAAGCAUCCUCUGAAAAGUCCACGACCGCUACUCGCUUCUCUCCGAGAUUUUCGUCUCCGAGAACAGAACAGCAGCAACGAGCGAAUACACAGCAGACGUUUUUAUUUCCGUGAAUCGAGCAACGACGUUGGCAGACGUGUGUCCCUCGUGGGGUCAGUUGUAUACGAGACUAACACGGUCGUGUGCAACGCUCCUUUAAAACCGGUUCAGUGCGUGUCGAGCGAGAGAGCGAAAAAGAGAAAAAGAGAGAGAGAGAGAUAGAAAGAGAGAGAGAGAGAGGGAGAGAGAGUACACUUGCAUCUCGCCGAAGGACGAGCCCGCGAAUCAAGAUGGCCGCCACCACGAUGAGCCACGUGUUCGAGUACGAGAACGAGCUGAACGACAACCUCUACAACCUGAAGAUGUCCGGCAAGAGCAAGGCGAGCAGCAUGCGGCUCAGGAGAGCCCUGAAGCCGAUCCUGCGGCUGCUGAAGAAGAAGACCAGCAGCGGCAAGCCCGCCAAGCCUGGCAAAGACCAGAAGGCGGUGCCGCAAGCCGAGGUGUUCACCGAGGAGGUCGACAACCAGAACAACGCGAACGAGGCCCUCGAGAGAAGGCUGCUCGCGGACCUGCAGGACGCCGAGGAGGGCGCGGCCAUCACCGUCUGCCUCGACGGACAGAUGACCGUGGUGCCGGUUGUACCUGGUCAGUGCUACGUGCCGGUACACUUCGCGCACACCCACGCCGGCGACUUCUACUGGACAACCUUGAGCAUGGCCGAUAGUGAUCUGUGCUACAAGGAGCGCGCGUUCUCGCAGCACCAGACGCCCGAGAUGCAAGUCGCGUGAGACGCCCACCCCGAACCCGGUUCGGGAACCGACGACGACGCACGUCAUCUUCUACCUCACACGGAGAUAUUCGAGAAACUCGAUCUCCGGAACACUUCCUGGGGACGGCGCGGUGCGGCUAACGCAACGGAAACAAUUCCACGAUGAUUCGACAGGGAAAUGGAACCUCGGAGCUUCCGGGGGGAAGUGGGGCGGGGGCCCCAAGAUCGUCGACCAGAAACCAGUUGACCACGAAGAGAAUGUUCGACCCCGCGGAUACGGGGCAGAUUCUCGUUCCGCCAGACUGCCUUUUAGAUAAGAUUGCUUCGAAACUGUGAUAAAUAGAUUUUAGUUUUUACGAUCGCACACGCCAACUGAUAGUCGACACGCGCGACGCUCAUCGAGAAUGACAUUGUGAAAAGUUUUUCUCGUAUUUUAAAUGCGAACGUCGUUCUAUUUUUUUUUUUUGUUUGUUUACAUUCUGCGGAUCAGUUGGAGCUCUCGACGAUUUUUAAGAUAUUCUAUAUUAUGUCGCCGAUCAUUUUUUUGUCUUAUUUUUCUCUUUUUCUUUUCCUUUUUUUUUCUUUUCUUUUUUUAUUGUCGCGACGCCGCCGAAACGCGCGCGCGCGUCGCUAUUGUGAUACUUGUACCUACCUAGGAUAAUCGUUAGUUAAUGUAUGACAUUGUGAUAUGGGCUUUAAUGCCGUCGGUAUAGGCCGACGCAACUUCCUACUGUCUUCCAAUUUGUUAAGAGAAUAAAUUUACUCACGUAACACACGAA